AUGGGUACUGAUGAUUCUUCUGCUUCAUACAUCCACAUGGUGCAUCAUCUAAUCGAAGAGUGCAUCAUAUUCAACAUGAGCAAAGAAGAGUGCAUGGAAACUCUCUCCAAGCAUGCUAACAUCAAACCUGUCAUUACUUCCACAGUAUGGAAGGAGUUGGAGAAAGAGAACAAGGAGUUCUUCGAGGCCUACGAGAAGAGAAGAGAAGAGAAAGCCGCUCAAGAAGGGAACACAAGCACAGGAUCCAAGACAUGA